GAAAUUCAGAGUGAAGUCUCCCAGUGGGUCACGCAUCCCUAUGCACAAUCCAUCCAAUAAUUCGUUCACAAUCACCCACCACCCGAUCCAAGAUUUUUUUUUUUUAUAUUUUCUUUUUGUAUUUUUUUUAUUUCAAUGUUAAAAAAAAUAAACAAGAGAGAGACGACUCUUCUCCAAGCAAAGGGCAGCAAAAUGGUGCAAACCAUGCGGUGGAGCGACCUGCCCCUGGAUCUCCUCGCCAACGUCUUCUGCUACCUCUCGCCGGACUCCUUGGCUAUAGCAAGCUCUGUUUGCCGUCAGUGGAACACAUGUGUCAAGGCUUAUACCUCCUACAACACCGUCCACUGCCGCUGCCCGCCCUGGUUCCUGGCCAUCUCCACGCGCCGCCCUUCCCUCUCUUGCUACGCCCACAAUCCCGUAGCCGACAAAUGGCACCACCUCCCUCUCCACCGCUCUGCUCCCGUCCCCGCCCUUGUUCGACCCAUUGCUUCGGUCGGAAUCGGAGGCCUAAUACUCUUCAGGCACACCGCCACCACCGUCCUCCGUUUAUCCCUCUGCAAUCCCUUCACUGCCCAAUUCCACCCCCUCCCGCCUCUCCACUUCAGCCGCACCAAUCCUGCCGUCGGAGCUACGGUUCCCUCCCACCCAAGCAGCCCCCUUUCCUUCAGGAUCUACGUCGCCGGCGGCAUGACCGUGGCCCCCAGUGGCGCCGCCGCCGCGUACCAUCCCACCGUGGAAAUGUACGAUUCGCGGUGCGACACGUGGAAGAUCAUGGGUUCAAUGCCGGCGGAGUUCGCGGUGAGGCUGACGGUUUGGACCCCCGGCGGAGGCGUGUAUUGUAACGGGGUCCUCUACUGGAUAACGUCGGCUCGGACCUACAGCGUGAUGGGGUUUGAGAUCGGCGGCGCAGCUUGGAGGGAGCUGAGGGUGCCGAUGGCUGACCGGCUGGAGUUCGCGGCACUGGUGCAGCGGAACGGAAAGUUGACACUUAUCGGCGGCGGCUGCGGCGGAAGCGGAGGCGGAGAUGCAUGGAUUUGGGAGCUUAGCGCCGGCGAAGAUUGUGGGUGGAGGGUAAUCGAGAAGCUACCGGAAGAAUUGGGUAAGAGAUUUUUGGGUGGAAAGCAUAGUUGGGAUGGGACCAAAUGUGUGGGGAGCGAUGGCGUAGUGUGGAUUUACAGGGAGCUCGGAUCAGGAAUGGUGGCGUGGAGGGAAGAUUCAGAUGGGUGGCAGUGGCUUUGGAUCGAAGGGUGUUGCUGUGAUCAACAACAACGGCAAGAAGAGGAAGAAGAAGAAGAGGCUCGGACUGAGAGCAAUAAUAUUAUUAUCCCCAUUCAAGGAUUGCUUCUUCACCCAAAUCUUUCCUCCGGCCGGCGUGAAGGAGCUGGGCGUAUUUCCGACCAGCGAUGCGAUGCGCAUGUAAAUGAUAACUAAAUAUGAUCUUUCUGUCAAUAAUUAAUCAGAUGAUAAAAAAAUAGCAAUCUAUUGGUUGUAUUUAGCUAUUAUAUAUUUCCCCUGUUUAUGUUUAUUUAUUGUGCUUUUAUUUUACAUUUUUAGUUAAGAAAAUUGGUCACAUUGUCAGCCACUUUAAUUUUGCACUUUAAGAAUGUAAUUAAACCUUUUGGUAA